AAACUAAUUAGCAAACGUUUCGAUCCAUGGGGUUCUUCUGGAUUAUAAUUUGUAGAGCAAUGCUUUGUCGUUUGCCAAGAAGCUUCGUGGUCAGAUCUAAAUAGAGAGGCAGAGAUUCUGUGUCUUCGUGUAGUUGAAUAAUUGUGUGCUUUUUCUUAAUAAAAGGUGAAUAAAAAAAGUGUUAUUUUCCCUCACUGGGGCUGGGUUUCACUCCACUUGGGCUCAUUGACACUGGCCCAAGCUCAUAAGGGUCAUGAGAACUAUUCAUGAUCCAUUCACUUGCAUGUAUGCUUCUCUGCCAUUUGAUUAUGGGAAAGAAAGUAAACUAUGGAUUGGUUCAUUGGUUCACCAAUUACAGUCCAACAUACGAAAUUUAGUUUUCGUUAUAGAUUCUUUUUAAUAAAAUAUGUCAAACAUGUCUAUACCUUUUCAAUAUAGAAGUGAAAAAGGGGGCUGAUUUUAAAUGUGUACCAAGACCAUUGAGUUCUUGUUCCACUAAGGCAGAGUCCCAGCUGUAUCCAAUAACGCAAUCGUAUUUAUCAUCUUAAGAUAAUGGAAUCCAAUGGGGAAAAAGGUGACUUCAAUAAAGAAAAAUAGUUGACUUUCAUAAGACCUAUCUCGAUCCCCCAAUAGAAGACUGUUGUUCUUUACAACUCACACUGAAUAAUGUAUGCUCUCAACAAUUAUCAUGAUGUUAUACUCGUAACAAAUCAUAGUCUAAAUGCAAGAUUAAAUAUUAUUAAUUAUUUAGAUCUGUACGAGUUCACUUUACAUAAUACUAAAGAGGAACAAUAUGUAAAGCAAGCUGAUUUAAAGAUGAAAUUGUUGUCAUAUCCUAUUGAAUCAUAUCUUCAAUUUGAUGAGCAUUUUAUGCGAUGGUGGUCUUUUAUACAUAGGCACGCUUCAUAAUAGUUUUUUUUUUUUUUAUCAUUACCAUUUGGCUUAUGUUUUCAGUGUUGGGACUUGGAAGUCCUGGACCCAUUUUCUUGUAAAGUUUGGGAUCCUUGAUUUCCACUUUUGUACUGUAACAUAAUAACAUAACUUUUUGGCUUUUGGUUUUAUGCUUUAUAAACAUGACGUUAAAAUUAACCUACCAAUUUAUAAACCCAUACCUACUCUGCUUCAAGUUUCAAACCAAAGAGGUUUCCAGCAUAUCCUUUUCUUUUAGCUAGUGCUCAGUUUCUUAUAUAUAACAGGCUGUUUUUAAGGACACUUGGUUUGAUUUUGCCACCUCUAUGCUUUUAAAAUCCUGAAUAACUACAAAGCAAGCAAUUUGUUGGGUUGAUUAUGAAUAACAUACCUUCUAGAGUUUUGCUGUUUCUGUUCUUCAACCUGUUUUGUUCUUUGGUAAUCCACGCCAUAGCCAGCGGUACCAACAGCAAGACGCAAGAUUUCAAAGUAGGUAGCACCAGAAGUUCGGGAAAAGGCUGUGAUCACAGCUGGUCUCACUGUAAGCAGCCGAUAACUCCUCAGCCAUCUUCUCUUUUGCCUGUAGAAGCAGAGGUUUUGACAUUCGAAGAUCUGAGGCUUUCAGUGGUGUAUCCUGUGAUUCAAAAAUUCAAGUCAAUUAUCACCUCGGAUCCUCUAGGAAUCACUAAAACAUGGGUUGGAUCGGAUAUAUGCAACUACAAAGGGUUUUACUGUGACAACCCACCGGACAACAAGUCUGCAACCGCGGUCGCAUCCAUCGACUUCAAUGGCUUUCAACUCAGUGCACCAUCCCUCGAUGGCUUCCUCGAUCAACUGCCAGACAUUGCUGUUUUUCAUGCCAAUUCCAACAAUUUUUCUGGCACCAUCUCCACGAACAUUGCCAAGCUCCCUUACCUAUACGAGCUGGAUGUGAGCAACAACCGAUUAUCUGGUCCUUUUCCCACUGCUGUUAUUGGUAUGAACAGCCUCACGUUCUUGGACCUUCGUUUCAAUUUCUUUACUGGGUCAGUCCCACCUCAAGUCUUCGUGCAGGACCUUGAUUUUCUCCUCAUCAACAACAACAAUUUCAUGCAAAGUCUCCCAGACAGUCUUUCCAUCACCCAUAUUCUCUAUCUCACCUUAGCCAACAAUAGAUUCAGUGGACCAAUUCCUGGUGGCAUUGUGAAAGCUUUGACAUCUCUGACUGAGGUUCUGCUCUUAAACAACUCAUUAACAGGGUGUUUGCCGUAUGAGUUAGGAUCACUUGACGAAGCAAUUGUGUUUGAUGCCGGCCAUAACCAACUAACAGGACCAUUGCCCCUUUCGUUGGGUUGCCUAAAGAGCGUGGAGCAGUUGAAUUUCGCAGGAAAUCUACUGUAUGGAAUGGUGCCGGAAAUGGUUUGUGCGCUCAGACAUCUGGUAAAUCUAACUUUAUCGGACAAUUAUUUCACAGUUGUUGGGCCACUGUGUCGGAUUUUGAUAGGGAGAGGAGUGUUAAAUAUUAGGAACAAUUGCAUUCCAGAUCUUCCUUUCCAGAGACCAAUUAUUGAAUGUGCAAAAUUCUUGGCAUUUCCCAGAAUUUGCCCUCGCAUGUGGUCUUAUACUUUAAUGCCCUGCAUGCUUCCCCCUUUCAAUCCCCCAAUUUCUUCCAUUCCCAAAUAUUGGCCACAUUUUCCCUAGUUUUAUACAUUCCGAGUCUCAUCUCGGAAGCGCAUUGCCUAUGUUUUUCAAUUGUAAUUCCAAGAAUAUUCUCAGUAACAUCUUUCAUCAACCCCACAGCAAGGGGGAAAAUUCAUUAUUGAGAUUCCUAACUAAGAACAUCUUCCGACGAGACUUAUCCGAGGCAUUCAUAUUUUGGCUUGUUUAACCCUAACUAAGCAGAUAAAUAGAGAUACCUGUUACGAAAAUCCAUAUCACCGUGGGGGAACGCUGAAUGCUUGUUGGGUAAGCCUAAUUAGUGGAAGGAAGCUAUGCCUUUGCGGCUUUCCUCCAACGAGCUCGCCAUAGCCAUGAGACAAGAAAUUUGUGCAUGGGGCAGUGGGGUGUGCGGCAGCACGGCCAGCCCAACUUCUGUUGUUGCCCACUAUCUUGGGAUUAGUGCUUUGGGUUAGGUAUCAAUUGUCAAAUAUGUAAAUGUUUUUAAAAAGUUAUAAAUAUUGAUAAAUGGAUAGCCUCUCCGUUAAAAAUA